AUGGCAGGGCAGCCAGCCGGUGGUGUGCUUGACUACCUCAACAACACCUCAACCCAGCUUCAAAUAACAUUCCAUCGCAUCCCUGGCUCAGCCCUCCUUAUCCGUUAUAUUAAAGCUUCAUACCAAGAUGACCCAAUACGCUCCGUCAUUGAGCUGUGUUUAGUGGUUUUCGUGAUUCGAUACUUCUUGAGUAGCAAGUACUCGACAGAAAACACAAAUUACGUCAAAUUGACUGAGGAGGAGAUUGAUGAGCUUGUGGAUGAGUGGCAGCCGGAAGAAUUGGUAGUUGCACCGACUACGGACGAGCAGCUUGAGAUUGACAAGAUUCCCGUCAUUGUUGGUCCCAUUGGUCCCAAGGUGAAGUUGACAAGCGGCAAGACCGUAACUCACCUCGCCUCAUACAACUUCAUGAACUUUGUUUCAUCCGAAUCUAUUUGCGAGAAGGCCAUCACGACCCUCCGGAAUUACGGUGUCGGUGCUUGUGGUCCACCAGGAUUUUACGGUACGCUUGAUGUGCACAUGAAGCUUGAACGCGAUCUCGCCAACUUUCUCGGAGUUUCGGACGCCAUCAUCUACGCACAGGCGUUCUCCACUAUCUCCUCAGUCAUCCCUGCCUUCGCCAAGAGAGGUGACAUCAUUGUCGCUGAGAAGGGAUGCAAUUUUGCCAUUCAGAAGGGUCUCCAGAUCUCUAGGUCUACAAUCCACUGGUUCGAACACAACUCCAUCUCCGACCUGGAGCGCGUCUUGGAGAACAUCCGUGUUCAGCAACUCGUCAAGAGGAAGCCAUUAACUCGUAUGUUCAUUAUCUGCGAGGGUCUUUCGGAGAACUACGGCGACAUCAUUGAUCUCCCGAAAGUCGUCGAACUGAAGAAGAAGUACAAGUACCGUCUCAUUCUUGACGAUACGUGGGGCUUCGGAGUACUAGGAAAGACUGGACGAGGAGUCACAGAGCACACUGGCGUCAUCCCCUCCGAAGUCGACAUGAUCGUCGGAUCGAUGGCCAACACCCUGGUCGGCGGUGGUGGAUUUUGCGCCGGCUCAGCCGAAGUCGUCGACCACCAACGUAUCUCCGGCGCCGCCUUUGUCUUCUCCGCCGCCCUCCCCGCCAUGCUCGCCGUCACCGCCUCCGAAGCAAUCGCACUCCUCUCCGCACCCACCGCCGUGGACGGCUUCUCCCAACUCCGCGAAAACACCCGCGCAUUCCGCGUUGGAAUCGAGAAGAGCGACAUCCUCUGGACCCCAUCAGAUCCCGAAUCGCCCAUCAUCCAUCUUCGGAUUAAGCCACAGCUUUGCGAGAAGUAUGGGUUGACGCAGCAUGAUCAAGAUAGGGUUUUGCAGGAGAUUGUGGAUGAGGCGUUGCAGAAGGAUGUACUCUUGACUCGGGCGAGACAUAUUCAUCAUCAGGAGGCGCAUCCCAAUCAGCCGAGCAUUAGGGUUUGUGUUACGGCUGGGCACAACAAGAAGGAUGUUGAGAAGGCUGCGGGGGUGGUGAAGGGCGCUGCGUCGAAGGUGUUGCCGAAGAGGAAGUAA